AUGGAGAUCAUCGGUAUAGAUGUGCCCUUGUGGGUCAUUCUGAUUCUGUUGAUGGUCCUUCUUUAUACGUUUUUGAUGAGUCGUGACUUCUGGACAUUUAGACGGAUGGGGAUUCCAGGACCGACACCGCGACCAAUCGUCGGAAACAUGAUGGCCAUGGUGUCUGAGGGUUUCAGGGCUUUUGAUCAGAAAGCUAUAAAGAAAUAUGGGAAAGUGUUUGGACAUUUCGAUGUGAUGUGUACGAAUUUAGUCGUUGCAGAUAAAGAAAUGCUAAGGGAAAUUCUCGUGAAGCAGUUCAAUAACUUCUCGGAUAGAAGAACACUCGACGGAUUCGUCGGAGAUUUGGAACAAGGACUGACAAACGUCAAGGGGGAACAUUGGAAACAUAACAGAGCUACCAUCACUCCAACAUUUUCUUCGGGAAAACUUCGUCAGAUGAUACCGUUAAUUCAGGAGACUUGUAACACUCUGGUGAAAACGUCACGGAAUGCAAUGAAGACAGGAGACAAUGGUCAAGUUGAAAUGAGAAGACUAUUUGCCGGAUUCACAAUGGAUGUGAUUAGUUCCACUGCCUUUGGUAUUCAAGUGGAUUCCCAGGGUAAUCCAGAUGACCUCUUCGUGAAACACGCCAAGAAGAUGUUCGAUGUUUCAUUAACAAAACCUUGGAUGCUUCUUGUGUUGUUCUUUCCUGCGUUAAGACCCCUGUUAAUGAAAUUAGGAGUAUGUCUCUUUCCAAAAGACAGCAUGGCUUACUUCCGCAAACUCACCAUCCAGUUACUGGAAGAGAGGAGACGGAACAGGCAGACAGGUCGAAAGGAUUUUCUCCAGUUAGUGAUUGACGCCCAGGAAGGUAAAACGGAAACUGAAGAUCAGGAUUCGGAUGGAGAGGACAGUUUACCAAAACAAAACAAAGUUCUGACGUUUGAGGAAAUCCUCGGAAAUUCACAAUUGUUCUUUGUUGCGGGCUACGAAACUACGGCUAUAACACUGACGAUGAAUGCAUACAACCUCGCUACGAAUCCAGAAUGUCAGGACAAGUUACGUAAAGAAAUCGAGGAAAAGAUUGGAUCAGAAGAUAUCGACUAUGAGAACAUCAAAAGACUUCAAUAUCUCGACAUGUGUAUUAACGAGACGCUGCGAAUAUAUCCUCCAGCAAUGAGGAUGAACAGAAAGUGUACAAAAACGACAAAGGUUAAGGACAUCACAAUUCCAGCUGGGAUGGUGGUAACUGUACCCAUAUAUGCGAUGCACCAUGAUCCGGAAGUUUGGGAGAAACCGGACAUUUUCAAUCCAGAAAGGUUUUCGGCAUCCCAGAGAGAAAACCAUGAUCCGUUGGAUUUUCUACCUUUUGGGUAUGGUCCCAGAAUCUGUAUCGGCAUGAGGCUUGCUUUAAUGGAGGCAAAGAUGGCAACUGCUUAUCUAGUACGCAACUUCCGGUUAUGUGUCAGCGACAAAACUGACAUUCCACCGAAAUUAGAAGAUAAAAACAUUUUGAAGCCUACACAUUUGUGGCUGAAAUUGGAGGAGAUCCAUCGGACAAAACGUCUGAACGGUCAGACAUUACAGGAGUACAUCCUUAUAAGGCAAGAUCAAGGAACACAACGUCUGAACGGUCAGACAUUACAGGAGUACAUCCUUAUAAGGCAAGAUCAUGGAACACAACGUCUGAACGGUCAGACAUUACAGGAGUACAUCCUUAUAAGGCAAGAUCAUGGAACACAUCGUCUGAACGCUUCUACAGAAGGCCGGAACCAUCAGGUAGCUUCUACCAAAGGAUGCUUUAUCAGGGAGCUUCUACCGAAGGACGGUUCUAUCAGGGAGCUUCUACCGAAGGACGGUUCUAUCAGGGAGCUUCUACCGAAGGACGGUUCUAUCAGGGAGCUUCUACCGAAGGACGGUUCUAUCAUUAAGCUUGAUGGUUCCGCGUUUAAUUCCUUUGCACAGUUUUAA